ACUAUAUUUCUCCUACAAAUUAUCAUAAUAAAUAUCAGAUUAUUAUUUAUUCGUGUAUCGUCUCUCGAUCAUUAUAUAUUUACUUGAAAAGGAAACUAUAAAGCAACCUCGUGAGCCAAUGUAAUGACAGCAAACUCAUGGCUCAUCCAAUCACGACGCAAGUAGAUGAACGGGUGACACGGAAAUGGUAAGUGAAAUGUUGCUCUCACAACAAACCAGUUGCGGUCGACAUCCCCGCUUCGCUCGCACUACCUGGGCUGACGAUGUCAUGCUCUUCGUGACGUCAUUCUUGGAAUGUGAAUUCCUGGCCCCUGCCUUCGACGAGGCAGGGGAGCCUCGCGGGCCUCGCUUGCAACCAACGGUCAAAAAACUUCCAACGGGACCAAUUGAAGAACCAACCUCCCCCGACUGGACACGGAGGUCCAACGCAACCGAGGGGAUGCCGCGGUGGCUCAGCUUCACCGUCUUCCGGGACCGGUGUCACCGCCGCGCCUUCCUCGCUGCCGGCCUCCGUCCCUCCGCCACAGCCCUCGCGGACGGCGCCACGGUCCAUUGUUGGGUCCCCGCCCGCCCGGACCCCUCUCGCUCCCCGCUCCUCCUUCUCCACGGCUUCGGCGCCACCGCCAUUUGGCAGUGGUCCGCACACCUACGCCCCCUCCUCGGAGCCGGAUUCGACCUCUACGUCCCCGAUCUUCUCUUCUUCGGCGUCUCCGCCGCGCCCGGUCCCGACAGGUCCGAAUCAUACCAGGCCCAAUGCAUCAUGGCCGCCAUGGAGGCAGCCGGCGUUCGGCGAUUCGGCCUCGUGGGGGUGAGCUACGGCGGGUUUGUGGCUUAUCGGAUGGCGGCGAUGUACCCGACGGCGGUGGAACGGGUGGUGCUCUGCUGCGCCGGCGUGUGCCUUGAGGAGCGCGACCUUGCGGCGGGGCUUUUCGUCGUGUCGGACUUGCGGGAGGCGAUAGAGAUCCUGCUGCCCCAGCGGCCGGAAAAACUGCGGCAGCUCGUCCGACUGUCCUUCGUCCGGCCGCAGCUCGUGAUGCCGUCCGUCUUCCUCCGGGAUUACAUACAGGUGAUGUGCAAAGAUUAUGUGAAAGAGAAGACAGAGUUGAUCCAAGCCGUAUUCAAUGAAAGGAAACAUUCGGACCUUCCAAAGAUAAACCAGCCAACCUUGAUAUUUUGGGGCGAGCAAGAUCAGAUUUUUCCAUUAGAAUUGGGUCACAGAUUACAGAGGCAUUUAGGGGAUAAUUCUCAAUUGGCAGUCAUCAGCAAUGCUGGGCAUGCCGUGAAUCUUGAGAAGCCUAAAGAGCUUUGUGAGCAUAUAAUUGCAUUCUUUCUUGAUUCUCCCCAGGGAAGUCACAACGGCCAGGACGUACCAUCUCCAAACUCUCAGAAAAACAUAAAUUUCAAUCAGGAUUAAUAAUUCUGACAAAAGAAUUUUCAAAAUUUGAGGCUUGAACUUUAUUAUCCAAAUUCUCUUCUGCUGCUUUAAGAUUUAUACGAAGAACAUGUCUGACAAUUGAGAAUGCUUUUUCGUAUAAAUCUUGACCUUAAAACUUUGAUAUAAAUGCCAUGAGUGAUUUGACUUUUCCAAUAA